AUGGCGCCCAGUCGACUCAAUAUUCUGGUCCACACAGGCACCGGGACCACGGCAGAAUCUGUGCGGCAUUGCAUGUACUCACUCCGCCGGCUUCUGUCGCCCAACUACGCCAUCAUCCCCAUCAAUGAGACGGCCCUCCUGAAGGAGCCGUGGGCUCAGACCUGCGCUCUUCUUGUGUUCCCGGGAGGUGCUGAUCUUGGCUACUGUCGGGUGUUCAAUGGCCAAGGAAAUCGCCGCAUCAGCGAGUUUGUCCGGCGAGGAGGGGCUUAUCUCGGCCUCUGUGCCGGCGGGUAUUAUGGCAGCAGCAGAUGCGAAUUUGAAGUUGGCAACAAGGCCUUGGAAGUGGUUGGCAGCAGAGAACUUGGUUUCUUCCCCGGAACGUGUCGCGGUGGGGCCUUUAAGGGAUUCGAAUACCAAAGUGAGAAGGGGGCUCGGGCUGCCACUAUCAAAGCCGAGAAACAAUCCCUGCGAGACAAGAUACCUGACGAAUUCGCCGUUUAUUAUAACGGAGGUGGUGUCUUUGUUGAUGCGGAUGCAACCGGAGGACGCAAAAUUGAGAUUCUGGCUUCAUACAAGGACGAUUUGGAUGUGGACGGGGGUGGUGAAAAGGCCGCAGUCGUCCUGUGCCAUGUUGGAGAGGGCAAGGCAAUUUUGAGCGGGCCUCACCCGGAAUUCGCCCCAGCCAACCUCAAUCCGCACCCAGACAUUCCAGGAUAUAGCGAGCUGGUCGAGAAACUUGCCGCAGACGACAAGUCUAGAACCAGCUUUUUGAAAGCUCUCCUAUCAGAAUUGGGCCUUGAAGUUGUUCAAGAUGAUUAUACUCCUCCUUCGCUGUCCAGCCUCCAUCUUACUGCUGUCGAGGGCGGCAAGGUAACAGAGCUGCUGUGUGACUGGGGAGACGUCAUUGAAAAGGAGAAUGGCAAUGAAUUCAUCCGAGGAGAGGCGGAUACUUUCCAGAUCAUAAAUCAAGAAGAUGAACUGAAUUUGGAUGAGCUUCAAAGUUCUUUGCCACUGACCGAGACGAUUGACGACCCAAGCUCGGCUACUAAGAAAAUUAUUGCUCAUGAGAUGAAACUACCCAGCGAUGAUCUGACACCACGCUUCAGCCACGAACGGUUCUAUUCAAGCCUGAGGCAGUAUAGGAAGAUUGAAUCUGACGCUGAACAAUGGGGUGAUGUUCUGCUCUACGGAGAUGUCGUGACCAGCACCAACACUCUGCUUGAAAAGAACCCAAAGCUCAACUGCAAAUUGCCAACAGGCUUCACCUUCACUGCUACGACCCAAGUGGCAGGUCGAGGACGCGGAAACAACGUUUGGGUCGCACCCCCUGGAUCUCUCCUCUUUUCCACCGUCAUCAACCACCCAGCCCACCUUGCUGCUUCACGGCCCAUAGUUUUCAUCCAGUAUAUUGCAGCUGUUGCUAUUGUCGAGGCUAUUCGCUCGUACGAUGCAGGCUAUGAUAAGAUGCCAGUCAAAUUGAAGUGGCCCAAUGAUAUAUAUGCUCUUGAUCCUACAAAGCCGGCAUCAUCCCAAUCCUACGUCAAAAUCGGUGGAAUUCUCUCCCAAUGCAGUUACUUCAACGGCGCAUACCAAGUCGUUCUAGGCAUCGGCAUCAAUGCAACCAACCCUCGCCCAACAACCUCCCUCUCCGACCUGCUCCCGCCAAACGUUGCGCCUUUCCACAUAGAGACCCUUCUUGCCCGCAUCCUCACUCGUCUAGAGGCCAUAUAUGAGCAGUUCCGCCGCGAGGGCUUCUCUCAAGACCUCGAGACGCGGUACUAUCGCCACUGGCUGCACACGGGCCAGGCAAUCACGCUGGAGGCCGAAGGCGGCGUCAAGGCGAGAGUCGUGGGCAUCACUCGCGACUGGGGCAUGUUGCGUGUUGAGGAGACUGAUUCUGAAGGAAGAGGGAACGGCAAGAUAUGGAGUCUUCAGAGUGAUGAGAAUAGCUUUGACUAUUGGAAGGGAUUGGUCCGUAGAAAAACAUGACCUAUCAGAUAUAGUACACGUCAACACAAUAAACAGACAGAGCUUCAUCU